AUGGCCAGCAAAGGAACACAACAUCCAUCUAUGAUUGUUUGUCUACAAUCAAUUGUGUCCUCCUCCAAACUGUCACGCGAUGGCAACGAAAAGCGCAUGGAUACCUCACACGCCUUGAAGGCCAAAGCUUCAGCGGACGACGAGCACCUUUCGUGUGCUGGAGACCUUUGCUCCCGAGCAAGAGAAGAAGCAGUGAUCACAGGAAGUCCCAAGCGAAUAGCAUCAGAGCAUGAGAGCAUCAGAGCAGGCAUUGGCAAGAGCACGAUCGUCGACACUGUUCCUCCAUCUCCUCCAAGCAGCAGCCCCACCACAGCCUCAACCACCCCACCGAAAAGUCACAUCUCUUUCCUGCUCAAGAACAACAGCCCUCUCUUCACACUCACAACAACGACCCUCACCAUGUCUUCCAGCAACGCCCCGAUUCCAUACGCCACAAUAGGCACAAACUGGAUCACGACCUCAUGGAUCCACGCCUGCAACCAAGUCCCCGAAUCCUGGACACUCCACUCAGUCUACUCGCGCUCCCAAUCCACCGCCUCCACCUUCGCCGCCCAACACAACUGCAAAACCACCCACACCUCCCUCGACUCCCUCCUCGCCGACCCGAUCCUCCGCGCCGUCUACAUCGCCUCCCCCAACAGUCUCCACUUCACCCAAGCUCGCCAAUGCCUCUCAGCAGGAAAACACGUCAUCCUCGAAAAACCCGCGACCUGCACAAGCAAGCAACUCGACGAGCUCUUCCGACUCUCCAAAGAGAACAACGUCGUCCUCAUCGAAGCCUUCCGACAUAUCCGCGAACACAACUUCCUCCACCUCCACAAACUCGUCAACGAAGACAAAGUCCUCGGUCCCAUCUACGGCGCGAGUCUACCCUACGCUUCGUACUCGUCCCGCUACACCAACGUCCUCAACGGCGAGACGCCGAAUAUCUUCUCCCUCGACUUCGGAGGCGGCGCGCUGGUCGACGUAGGCGUGUAUCCCGUCUGCUUCGCCGUGGCACUCUUCGGCACGCCCAAGUCGCAGAGCUAUACGCCGACGAUAUGCGCGACGGGGGUUGAUGCCGCGGGAGUUGGGACGCUGCAGUACGACAACUUUGGCGUGGCGUUGAAUGUGAGUAAAGCGUAUAGUACCUCUUCGGUGGUGGAGAUUUAUGGAGAGAAGGGGACGUUGAGAGUCAAUGGGACGACGGAUAUUAGCAGUAUUGUGUUUGUGGAUGCGAAGAGCAAGGAGGAGAAGGAGUUGGCGGAUGAGGGGAAGUGUUUGAAGGUUACGAAGCCGGAUGUCAAUAUGGAAGAGGAGGUGAGGGAGUUUGGGAGGAUUAUAUUGGAGGGCGAUGAGCAGGCACGGCAGAGGUUGGAGGAGCUUUCGAGGGCGAUUAUAAAAGUCACGGAGAGCAUGAGGAGGGGAGCGGGCAUUCUGUACCCGGCGGAUCAGGAGUGGGGGGCAUAG